AUGACAGGACCACCAGUAAAACGCACCUUCGCAGCCGCAACCCUAGACUACCUAGGAGCCCGGUACGUCGGUGCAGGGCCCGAGACAUGCAACUACACCACGCAAGCCAUCCAAAUUCCCAUGCGAGACGGGAUCGAACUAGCAGCCGACCUUUACGAGCCAGAAAUCCCCGUAGGCCAGACCCCCGCCGGCCUCAUCCUGAUCCAGUGCUGCUACGGUCGCGGCGCGGGUAUCUCGUUCAUCAACGCCCGCGUCUUCGCUGCUCGAGGCUUCCAGGCCCUCUUCGUCAGCACGCGAGGCACGUAUGGCUCCGGCGGCACGUUCGAUCCUGGAAGUAAUGAACAGUCUGAUAGCCAAGAUAUUGUGGGGUGGAUGCGCCAGCAACCCUGGUACCACGGCUCGUUUGCGACCUUGGGCGCCUCUUAUCUGGGUUACAGCCAGUGGGCGCUUUUGCGUGAUCCACCAGCUGACUGUGUCGCUGCGGUGAUUCCUGUUGCGCCUCAUGAUCAAGCAUGGCAUACGUGGGGUACUGGGUCUUUUCGUCUUGAUCGUGCCUCGUGGAGCGAUAUGAUGUCUAAGAGGGACGAUGAAAAGGGGAGUUUUCUCUCCCGAUUGGCUAAUAUACCUGGCUUGAGCUUUUUGCGGUCGCCGGAGCUUGAACGGGCGGUUGCUAGUCUUCCAUUGGAAGAUAGUCUGCAGAAAUACUUUGGAGACAGGGCUCCGUGGUUGUUCGAGUAUUUGAAACAUCCUGAUGUUGAUGAUGUUUACUGGACAUCGCGUCAACACCAGGUUGCCCUGGACCGCGCGAAGAUUCCCAUUCUACUGAUCAGUGGGUGGUAUGAUACGUUCACGACGCAGACAAUGCAUCAAUUUAAGCAUUUGAAUGAUCGAGGCGUGAAUGUGAGCCUGAUCGUUGGUCCAUGGACCCACGUCCAAGGCUCGGGUCUGCAUUCGGUUCCAGAGAUACUAGACUUCCUCGCUGAACAUCUGACCAAAACUGGAAAAUACAAACACCCUCAAGCUCGCAUCUUUGUCACCGGCUCCCAGGAAUGGCGCUCAAUGCCUACCUGGCCUCCAUCGACCCAGUCGAAAAAUUUCUAUCUACAGGCGAAUAAACGUCUUGGUUUGAAGCAGCCUGAGCAAGACGCAAGCCCCACAUCUUUCAUCUUCGACCCUUUGGCUCCUACCCCCAGUAUCGGAGGCAAUCAAAUGUCUGCUGGCGGACGGGUAGACGAUAGCGCCUAUGCGGAUCGACCAGAUGUGCUAGUCUUUACAAGCGAGACUCUUUUCGAAGAUAUCGAGGUCCUCGGCAUUCCAUCUGUCCAUUUCAUCCAUACAAGCGAUCCGCCAUUCGCAGAUCUGUUCCUGCGAAUCAGUGAAGUCGACGCCUAUGGUGUGUCCCAUAAUAUUACAGAGCUAUACCAAGCACUUGAUCCAUCGCGUGACACAUCUCAACCUCUUGUUUUAGACCUGCAAGACUGUGCUCAUCGAUUCCGGGCCGGCACGCGGGUGAGACUGAUUGUUGCAGGAGGCUGUUUCCCAAUGUAUGCGAGGAGCCUUGGGACUGCGGAGGAUCGUGUGCGGAGUGAUAAGGCGGUCCCUCAGACGCAUACUGUUACUGUUUCUGGCGGAGUGUCGAAACUUAUUCUGCCUGUCAAUAUUGCUGCGUGA